AUGUCGCUUGAUCUUGGAAAACCUGGAGACUUUCACGUGCAUCUUCGCGAUGGUGCAAUGAAGGAACUGGUCACGCCCAGCCUGCGCGAGGGGGGUGUAUCGGUGUGCUUUGUUAUGCCCAACCUCGUUCCGCCCUUGACCAACCCGCAGCGGGUCCUGGAGUACCAGAAGAGCCUGCAAAAAUUGUCGCCCCGCACUAAAUUCCUAAUGUCUCUGUACCUCUGCAACGAGAUCACUCCUGAGGUGAUUGUGGCCGCAAAGAAGGCCGGCAUUUCCGGCGUCAAGUGCUAUCCUGCCGGCGUCACCACCAACAGUGACCACGGCGUUUCCAGCUACGAGCCGUUUUAUCCCACUUUUGCCGAGAUGGAGCGCCAGGACAUUGUGCUGAACAUUCACGGCGAGUGCCCCAGUGGCGAGGAUAUCCACGUUUUGAAUGCAGAAGAAAAGUUUUUGCCCACACUCGAGCUGCUGCACUCCAAGUUCCCCAAGCUGCGCAUUGUUUUGGAGCAUUGCACUUCAAAAGCGGCCAUCAAAGCCGUCAAACGCUGUGGCCCCAAUGUUGUUGCCACAAUCACGGCCCAUCACCUGUACCUGACGGUCGAUUCUUGGGGCGGGAACGCUCACAACUUUUGCAAGCCCGUCGCCAAGUUCCCCGAGGACCGCGAAGCAUUGAUUGAGGCUGCUACUUCUGGCAGUCCCAAGUUCUUCUUCGGCUCUGACUCGGCACCUCACCCUGUUGAGUCUAAAACAAAGGGUAAAGGUGCUGCUGCCGGUGUAUUCACCCAGCAGCAUGCCAUUUCCUACGUUGCCCAAGUUUUCGACAAUGCAGGCAAACUCGACAAGCUUCGCGGGUUUGUUACCGACUUUGGCAAGGACUUUUACAGAAUCAACGAUGCCGACCUCGAUUCUGCAACCGUCACACUCGUCGAAAAGCCCUUCAAGGUUGCUGAUGAACUGAGCAAAGAUGGUCUCACUGUGAUUCCUUUCCAGGCUGGCGAGACUCUCAAGUGGGCUGUAGAAUGGUCUAACUGA